AUGCUGAUCGUUUUCUUCGAUAUCAACGGCAUCGUGAUGACUGAAUGGGUUCCAGAGGGUCAAACUGUGAACCAACAUUACUAUUUGACAGUUUUGGCAACAUUGCGCGAAUGAGUUCGUAAGAAACGGUCGAUAUUGUGGAAAAACAAGCCGUGACCACCAGGAUAAUGCACCUGCCCAUAAUGCGCUGUCUGUGAAGCGUUAUUUGGCCGCUUAAGGUACUCCAGUACUCGAACACGCGUCUUACUCACCCGACUUGGCACCCUGCGACUUUUACUUGUUUCCGAAGAUAAAGUCUGCCUUAAAAGGAAUCCGGUUUGAGUCGAUGGAAGAGGUGAAACAAAAAUCGGCGGAACUCCUGAAUGGUCUUACGAAAACAGACUUCCAGCACUGCCUCGAGCGAUGGAAGAAACGAAUGAAACGGUGUGUGAAGAAGGGAGGAGAGUAUACUGAAGGGGAACAUUUGGUUGUGGAAUAA